AUCGUUAUCAAUAACUUAAAAAACUAGGCACAAUCUGACAAACCACUUGUCUCUCUCAUUUUCUUGAAAUCAUUCAACAACUUACAGAUGAAAAUAGCUUCACCAGCAAUCAAGAACUAAGCUCCAUGAUCCAAACAGCCAUAUCUGCAGCUCUUUUUCUAGCUUUAUCAUUUUCUUUCUCCUUAUUCAUAUCGUCUCCUCCGAAACCAUAUUACCACUCUCUCUUCCUCACCACUUCCCUCUCCGAUAAUGCCUCAGUAUCACAUAACCUCUACAUGCUCACUCGCCGGCCUCACGUCGCCGGCACACAAGCCAACGAAGAAGCCGCAACGUAUGUUAUGUCAACUCUCGCUUCCUACAACGUUAAAUCUCACAUUGUUUCUUAUGAGGUAUCACUAACGUAUCCUGUUUCUCGUUCAUUGACUCUAACGAACUUACCUACUGCCCAACAGUCGAUCAGAUUCGAUCUCAAUCAAGAAACUUACGACGGGGAUCCGUAUGCGGAUGUAGCUGACGAAAUUCUACCUACGUUUCACGCCUAUGCCAAGUCCGGUAAUGUGAUUGGACCGGUAGCUUAUGUGAACUACGGACGAGUUGAGGAUUACUCGGAAUUGAAAGAGAUGGGAGUGAAUGUGUCGGGGAGUGUAGUGUUAGCGAGGUAUGGGAAGAUUUAUAGAGGAGACAUUGUGCAUAAUGCGUAUGAGGAAGGGGCUAUAGGGGCAGUUAUUUACACUGACAGAAAAGACUAUGGUGGCGGAGAAAGUGGGGAUGGAUGGUUUCCGAAAGCUAAGUGGAUGCCGCCAAGUGGGGUUCAGGUUGGGUCUGUUUAUAAUGAAGCGGGAGAUCCUAGCACGCCUGGAUGGCCAAGCAUCCAAGGGUGCGAGAGGUUAUCAGAUGAUGAAGUAGGAGGACUCAUACCUUCAUUGCCUGUAUCAGCAGCUGAUGGGGAGACAAUUAUGGGUUCAGUGGGUGGACCAGUUGCUGGUGAGAACUGGCAAGGGAGUAAAGAUGGUCCGACUUAUAGGGUUGGACCAGGACCGGGUGUUUUGAACCUCAGUUAUACAGGGAAUCUGACUAUAGCAACAAUUCAGAAUGUUAUUGCUGUAAUUGAAGGAGCAGAAGAGCCUGAUCGAUUUGUGAUUCUGGGUAAUCAUAGAGAUGCAUGGACAUUUGGAGCUGUUGAUCCCAACAGUGGCACUGCAGCAUUGCUAGAGGUUGCUCAGAGAUUUGCAAAGUUGCAGAGAAAAGGAUGGAGACCUCGAAGAACAAUAAUCAUGUGCAAUUGGGAUGCAGAGGAGUAUGGAUUGAUAGGAUCAACAGAGUGGGUAGAAGACAACAGAGAAUUGCUAGCUUCAAGAGCUGUAGCCUACUUGAAUGUUGAUUGUGCAGUAGCUGGAGCAGGAUUUCAUGCCAGUGCAACUCCUCAACUCGAUGAACUAAUCAAACAGGCUACUCAACAGGUUCAAGACCCAGAUAACUCAUCACAAACCAUCUAUGAAUCAUGGCUCAGUUCCAGCAGCUCUGCUCUGAUUGGUAGAUUGGGCGGAGCAGGAUCUGACUAUGCAGCUUUUGUGCAACAUAUUGGUAUUGCAUCUGCUGAUAUAUCGUUUGGAGGAGGAUACCCAGUAUACCACUCAAUGUACGACGACUUCGUAUGGAUGAAAAACUUCGGGGACCCCAUGUUUCAACGACAUCUUGCAGUAGCCAGCAUCUGGGGUUUGGUUGCUCUUCAGUUAGCAGAUGAAGAGAUUUUACCUUUUAAUUAUCUAUCCUAUGCAAGUGAACUCCAGAAAUGUGCCAAGGAGUUGGAAGAUGAGAUCUUUGGUAAGAACAUAAACCUUCAUCCUUUGUUCAAAUCCAUUGCGGAGCUAAGAAAAGCAGCCACCAAAAUAGAAGAGGAAAGAAAGGCAAUUGAAGAAAAUAGAGGUUGGCUACCAAUAUUGAAAGACCAUAUAAGAGUGAGAGAACUCAACGACAGACUGAUGAUGGCUGAACGAGCAUUUACAGACCCAGAUGGACUCUCUGAUAGGACAUGGAAUAAGCAUCUGGUAUAUGCACCUUCAAAGCAUAAUGACUAUGGAUCUAAGUCCUUCCCUGGAAUAGAUGAUGCAAUUCAGAAGGCAAUGAGUCUAAGCACAGUAGAAUCAUGGCACUAUGUACAGCAUGAAGUUUGGAGAGUCUCUAGAGCUGUCAGACAUGUCUCGCUAGUCCUCGGUGGUGAACUAACAUGAAAGAUAGCAUGUACAAGAACAAUAUGCAUUAGGGGAAAUAAUUUCAGAAAAACUGGAUGUUAAGGCUUUUUUUUCAUUCAGUAAAUAAAUUAUAAAAUGUACAAUCUAUCACUGUACAAAUAAUCCUAAGGGUCUUUUUUCUUUCUUUUGAA